AGGUGCGGGGAACGGGUAAAGCUGCCCCGGCUCCCCAGCAAGGCAGCUGGGCAGACACUAUCCCGGAGCUGGUACCCGGGCUCCUUGACACCGAGAAGUAGCUGCCUGAGCGGCAGGGACAGCCUGACUGAGAGAAUGAGGCAGGCCCCAGGGAGGAAGGCUCGUCCCGUAUCAGCCUCGGGUGAAGAAACCACAAUAACGGCCACGUUCAAGACAGGGUACCCAGAGUGGUGACAGGCCUUUUCCUUUGCAGAGUUAUUCCCAGAACCUGUGUCUCUUGGCCAAGUGCUUCCUCGACCACAAGACGUUGUACUAUGAUACAGACCCCUUCCUCUUCUACGUCAUGACAGAGUAUGACUGCAAGGGCUUCCACAUCGUGGGCUACUUUUCCAAGGAAAAGGAAUCCACAGAAGACUACAACGUGGCCUGCAUCCUGACGCUGCCUCCCUACCAGCGCCGGGGCUACGGCAAGCUGCUGAUCGAGUUCAGCUAUGAACUCUCCAAAGUGGAAGGGAAAACGGGGACCCCUGAGAAGCCCCUCUCAGACCUUGGCCUCCUAUCCUACCGGAGCUACUGGUCCCAGACCAUCCUGGAGAUCCUGAUGGGGCUGAAGUCAGAGAGCGGGGAGAGGCCACAGAUCACCAUCAACGAGAUCAGUGAAAUCACCAGCAUCAAGAAGGAGGAUGUCAUUUCCACUCUACAGUACCUCAACCUCAUCAACUACUACAAGGGCCAGUAUAUCCUCACACUGUCAGAGGACAUCGUGGAUGGACACGAAAGAGCUAUGCUCAAGCGGCUCCUUCGGAUCGACUCCAAGUGUCUGCACUUCACUCCCAAGGACUGGAGCAAGAGGGGGAAGUGGUGACCAGACACUGUCCAAGGCAGAGGCAACAAAGCAGAACUGGGGCUGACAGCACAUCCCAGCCCUACCGGGGCCCCCAAGAGGCACACCAAGGGAGGUGGGGCUGAGGACAGCUCUAUAAGGAGAGGACAGGUCUGGUAGGGCCUGGCUGGUGCCUAGCACCGAGGUGAGCUCAGGGCUCAGGUCAGCUCCAAGGUCAGCUGGCUGCAGGUCUGGCCCUGCUAUGAACCAGGGACUCUCUGGAGCCAGGCAGCUGUGUACAGUGCGAGGGAGGCGAGGGUGGGGGGGUGCGCUCUGGACAGAGGGCCAGUGGCUGUAAAAAUUUCUUUUGUAAAAUAGGAGUUGGGGGGCGGGGUGGGUCCUGGCUGCGAAGUUCUGGCCUCUCUUGCCCUCACUGCCCCUUGGCAAUAAAUUGUUUCUAUAGGCCA